CACAUGCACUCGCACACUAAACUAUGCCUAAAACAACAGUGUUCAGUGAGUCGAUAUCGGUCUGGUCUCGCACCGUUUUCACACCCUCCUCCUCAUCUGUUCUCAUCUAAUUAUUGUCUUUGAGAAACCUUUUUUUAUAUGUUCACAUGUCACUUCCCCUUUUCCAUUUAAUAAAGAUACCAAUUUGUUUUGCAACCUGUUGUGAAUUAACAAGGGAAUCAAAAUUGAGUUCAGUCCUGUGGGAGAAUGAGAUUCAUUUAUUGGCACUCUGGCAUCCUUUUAUGUUUGAUUAUUAAUCUGGCAAAGUUGGAAUGUUCAGUCUAAAUGAAACGAUACUCAUUCAUUGAGCUGCAUUCAAAGUCCGGAGCUAAUGGCCAUUUCAGGUCAUUGAGAGUGUAUCCCAUUUCAUUCUUUGAUUUGUGCUUAUUUUCAUUCUGCCAGUCCAUCAGCAGCCAUUAGUCCUCAUACAACCCUCCCCACACACACAAACAAACACAGUCAUAAAACCUUAAUUAUGCUCCUUUUUUAGCAUCCAAAUAUCUUUCAGAAUUUAAUUCUCGUGCCUCUGCAUGUUUUCAAUUUCCACCUUCCCUCGCUUCGAUUGGUUUUCAUCCAGAACUGGCCAUUUUUCAUUCCUGAAGCUUCCCCCCCUUCACUUGUCUUCAUUCUCAUCCUCUGUCAGGCAAGAGAGACCGGUUGGCAUUAGUUGGAUGUUGAACAGUGGAUUAAGUGGGUAAUGCCUUGCGGUGGAUUUGAGGUGUAAAAAAAAGACGGUGUGCAGGUUGUAAGAUAGAGACAGACUGAUAGACAGAUCCAAAUAGAUAUAGAACUUAAUAUCCCAUCUCAUCACUACCUUUCUCUUCCCCUCUGUCACAUUGCCCUUCUUUCUUUACUUUUGUGUUUGAUGCUUCGUUUCUUCUUGUCACUGCCACACCUUUUUGGGAGCACUGUUUUAAAGCAUUACCACUGCUAGACUGUAAGUUUUUAGCCUAUAUUUCGAUUGGACAUCUACCUGCUCUCAACCUUAAGGUGAAAAAAUUAGUAGGGUAGGCCCAAGCCACUUUAGUCUCCUUUUCCCCCCUUUUUCUUGUGGACUGAUAAAGGGGCUUAAUAAAUCCGUCUUUCUUGAUUGUUCUGAGAGUGGGAUGUCGUCAUGAAGGAAUAUGAAGGACCACUUGUUUUGCUCUGUCUUUGCUUUUGUGUCUCAACUCUGCUCCUCUGUAAAACAUCUCCACUACAGUCUAUAAAUUAUGUGUUACAGAAAAGAGUUAAUUAGACUGAGGAAGAGGAGAGUGCAGAGCCGGCCGCAACGCUGAUCACCAUGACUGGCUAGAGCAAGGCGAAGGCAAGAAAGCCAAAGAAGAGAAAUCAGGGAGGGAAGAAGAAGAACAAGAAGAAGAGGAGUACGUACACACCCACUGCUGCUCAUCUCCACGGCAACUGUGUUCACACGCUCGCAGACUUCUGGGAGGAGACCUUAGCGAGCUGCAUCAAGAGCGUUGGAGGAAGGGGAAAGAGAGUCGGAUGGAAAGAGACGAAUGAAAGAGCGUCCCAUCAUCACUCACCGUUUAUCAUUUUUGAGUUCAGUUUAUUGGGUUCACACACACGCUGACAUUUUGAAUUGAUGGUCAACUUUUAAAGUCUUACGAUCUGAGUCAGAAGCAUAUUUCAGCCAGGUUAGAUCCUCUCCCAUUGUUUCUAAGCAGUUAAUAUUAUCACAAUUUAGAAACUUCACCCCUGCCACUCUCCCACUCUACUAACGCCCCAGCAGCACCCACCUCCACUCUCACUCAACCCAAGAACGCUGACCCCCUACGUCCUGCAAAGACCCCACCUCAGUCUUCUGUGCGUGACUUCAUCUGACUACCAUCCCUUCAUCCGAGGCUAUGAGAGGAGGAGUCGAAUCUCAGAUCACUCCAUCAUGCCAGUUCUGAAGAGUAGAGAGGAGAUCCGGGCUGGCAAUGUUCAAGGGACGGCAUUUACACUCCUCCACAAUGCUUGUCAGCCUCCACCCUUCUCCCUCCCGUCUUCAGGACAAGCGCUUCGUCUCCCCCUCUUCCUCCCCCGAUCAUCAUCCUCCUCCUCCUCCUCCUCCUCCUCCGGACCAGUCCUCUCAUCAUCCUUAUUUUCAGCCUCGGCCGACCCUGCCCUUGUUUCCCUUGUCCUUCUCUCUGCUCCUCCUCUCCAUACUCCUCUUGCCUGUCUGCGAGUCUCGCAGGGGUGGAGGUCCAGGUACGGGGCCUGGAGGUGCCCCAGGGGGACAAGGAGGCCAGAGGGGAGGUGGCACACGAGGGGGCGUUGUCAUCCCUCCUCAGUAUUCUCCAGCUUUACCGGCUCUUCCCCCAAUAAAUCCCAAACUGAUCAAUUCACUCAGUAUAGCUGUCAUCCUGGUGGGCAACUCUAGUGAUGUGGCCCUGGGGGUCGGACUUGAGAAAGAGGACUUCCUCCACAUCCCUUACCCUCCCAAGGUCGAGGUGGUCACCAUGAAUGAGACUGACCCGAAGAGUAUCAUCCAUAGGAUUUGCACACAAAUGACAAAGAACUCUCUGCAAGGCGUAGUGUUCGGUGAUGACACGGACCAGGAGGCCAUCGCUCAGAUCCUGGACUUCAUCUCUGCGCAGACACACAUUCCCAUCCUAGGCAUCAGGGGAGGCUCCUCCAUGGUCAUGGCUGCAAAGGACGACAACUCCAUGUUUUUCCAGUUUGGUCCUUCCAUCGAACAGCAGGCCUCCGUCAUGUUGAACAUCAUGGAGGAGUAUGACUGGUAUAUUUUCUCCAUAGUCACAACGUACUACCCUGGCUACCAGGACUUUGUCAACAAGGUCCGCAGCACCAUCGAUAACAGCUUCGUGGGCUGGGAGCUAGAAGAAGUCUUCCUACUGGACAUGUCAGUGGACGACGGAGACUCCAAGAUCCAGAAUCAGCUGAAGAAACUGCAGAGUCCUGUUAUUCUGCUCUACUGCACCAAGGAGGAGGCUAGCACUAUCUUCGAAGUGGCCCAUUCUGUUGGCCUCACAGGUUACGGCUUCACCUGGAUCGUGCCCUCGCUGGUGACUGGAGAUGCAGACCACGUUCCCACUGUCUUCCCUACAGGGCUUAUCUCUGUGUCAUAUGACGAAUGGGACUACAAUAUCGAGGCCAGGGUACGUGAUGCAGUGGCUGUCAUUGCCACAGCGACCUCCACCAUGAUACUGGACCGGGGGCCACACACCCUGCUGAAGUCGAGCUGCCUCGGGACACCUGACAAAAAGAGCUCCAACACUGGCCACUCCAAGGAAAUACUAAAGUACCUCAUGAAUGUGACGUUCGAAGGUCGAAACCUGUCGUUCAGUGAAGAGGGUCACCAGAUGUUCCCCAAACUGGUCAUCAUUCUUCUGGACAAGGACAGACAGUGGGACAGGGUCGGUAAGUGGGAGAGAGGCUCUCUGACGAUGAGGUAUCAUGUGUGGCCUCGCUUUGAGCUGUACUCUGCAGCGGAGGAGCACGAGGACCACCUGUCCAUCGUGACUCUGGAGGAGGCGCCGUUUGUCAUCGUGGAGGACGUGGACCCGCUCAGUGGGACCUGCAUGAGGAACACUGUGCCGUGUCGCAAACAGCUAAAACUCAGCAAUCAGACGGGUGAUUCAGGGAUUUACAUCAAGCGCUGCUGCAAAGGUUUCUGCAUUGACAUCCUGAAGAAGAUUGCAAAGACGGUCAAGUUCAGUUACGACCUGUACCUGGUCACCAAUGGCAAACAUGGCAAGAAGGUUAAUGGGACAUGGAACGGCAUGGUUGGCGAGGUGGUGCUGAAGAAUGCCCACAUGGCAGUGGGUUCGCUCACCAUCAAUGAGGAGAGGUCGGAGGUCAUUGACUUCUCCGUGCCCUUCAUUGAGACGGGAAUCAGUGUCAUGGUCUCCCGUAGCAACGGCACCGUGUCUCCCUCCGCCUUUCUCGAGCCCUUCAGUGCUGAUGUCUGGGUGAUGAUGUUUGUGAUGUUGCUGAUGGUGUCGGCCGUGGCUGUGUUUGUGUUUGAGUACUUCAGCCCGGUGGGUUACAACCGCUGCCUGGCAGAUGGGCGAGAGCCCGGCGGUCCCUCCUUCACCAUCGGUAAGGCCGUCUGGCUGCUCUGGGGUCUGGUUUUCAACAACUCUGUUCCUGUGCAGAACCCCAAAGGUACCACCAGUAAGAUCAUGGUGUCAGUGUGGGCCUUCUUCGCUGUCAUCUUCCUGGCCUCCUACACUGCCAACCUGGCUGCCUUCAUGAUCCAAGAGGAGUAUGUCGACCAGGUGUCGGGCCUGUCAGAUAAAAAGUUCCAGAAGCCUAACGAAUUCUCGCCGCCAUUCCGGUUCGGCACGGUGCCCAAUGGGAGUACAGAGCGCAACAUCCGCAACAACUACCGGGACAUGCAUAGUUACAUGACCAGCUUCCACCAGAAGAAUGUAGAUGAAGCGCUGUACAGUCUGAAGACCGGCAAACUGGAUGCCUUCAUCUACGAUGCUGCGGUGCUGAACUACAUGGCGGGCAGAGAUGAAGGCUGUAAGCUCGUCACCAUCGGGAGCGGCAAGGUGUUCGCCUCCACCGGCUACGGCAUCGCCAUCCAGAAAGACUCCGGCUGGAAACGAGCUGUGGAUCUGGCUAUCCUCAUGCUGUUUGGUGACGGUGAGAUGGAGGAGUUGGAGGCCCUGUGGCUGACUGGUAUCUGCCACAACGAGAAGAACGAGGUGAUGAGCAGCCAGCUGGACGUGGACAACAUGGCGGGGGUCUUCUACAUGCUCGGGGCUGCCAUGAUUCUGUCAUUAAUCACCUUCAUCUGUGAACAUUGGUUCUACUGGCAGCUGCGCUUCUGCUUCAUGGGCGUGUGCUCGGGACAGCCCGGGGCCACCUUCUCCAUAAGCAGAGGUAUCUACAGCUGCAUCCACGGGGUACAAAUCGAGGAAAACAAGUCAGCCACAGACUCGCCCUCGGCUACCAUGAAGAAGAACAUGAACAACACCCAUUCCAACAUCCUGCGGUUACUCCGCACCGCCAAGGACAUGACCGCCGUCCCGGGUAUUAACGGCUCUCCGCACGCCGCCCUGGAGUACAGCCACAGCGGCCGAGACUCGGCCAUCUACGAUAUCCAGGAGCACCGGCGUAGCUUAGUGGGUCACCCUGCCGACUGCAAGUCAGCGCCACCCUACCUGCCAGAGGACAACAUGUUCAGUGACUACAUCAGCGAGGUGGAGAGGACUUUUGGCAACUUGCCCCUGAAGGACAGCAACCUGUACCAGGACCAUUACCUGCACCACCACCCGGCCUCGGCUCUGGGUAUGUCCGGCCCCCCGCCUAAUAGGCCGCGUAGCUUAGGCAGCACUAGCUCGUUGGAGGGGGGCAUGUUCGAUUGCGACAGUUUAGGGGGAGGGGUAGCGCCCAUCUUCACCACCCAGCCCCGCCCCUCCAUGACUCACAGGAAUACCAAUAAGUUUGACCUGAUCGCUGGCCACACCCCUGCGGAUUCCAGCCAGGGUGGGUUCAAGGGGAACAAUGUGUACGGCAGGUUUUCUUUCAAAGGAGGCGCAUCCAGCACGGGGCUCAUCGGGGGUCAUGACAGGUACUGUGGUGGGGGUGGGGGAGGCUCAGGGGGGGAUGAUGGGAACAUUCGCUCUGACGUUUCGGAUAUCUCCACGCACACCGUGACCUAUGGCAACCUGGAGGGCAACAACAAGCGGCGUAAGCAGUACAGGGACAGCCUGAAAAAGAGGCCAGCUUCGGCCAAGUGCAGACGGGAGCAGGACGAUAUAGAGCUGAGCGGCCUCCGGAGGAGAGCCCACCACCACACCGUCCACCACCACUUCCCCCACGGGCCCCUGGCACACCGCACGGUCUCACCUCCCCUGGAGCGGAAGAGGGGAGGAGCAGGGGGUAAUUCUUCACCUUACUUAUUCCGCAAAGACAAAGAGAACCUGAGGGAUUUCUAUGCAGACCAGUUCCGCUCCAAGGAGGGCAAGGCCAAGUGGGAGCAAGAGGGUGGAAGUGGAGGAAGCGGUGUGGGCGGCGGUAGUGGUGGUGGUAUCUGUAAGAGCUUAGUACCUGUAGAAGACUUCCUCAAAGGUAAAGGCAAGAAGCCGGAGUGUAAAGGUGGGCUUGGCUCAGUGUCGGCAGGGCAGCAGGCCCACACCUGCUGGGAGAAAGGGGUUUCUGGAAUAGGAGGGGGGGGCAUAGCAGGGGGUGACUGGGAGUGUCGUAACUGCCACAAUGUGUGUCACCAUGGAGGAGGCGGCGCUUGCCAAGCUAGCGGGGUUGGAGGCACCACCAGUCGCCCCAGCUCCGCUAGCUGUAAGCGUUGCGACUCUGUAAUCCAACCAAGUAACCUUUACAACAUCAGCGAGGAUAAUAACAUGGUGUUCGCUGGAGUGAAGAGUAGCAUAGCAGCCAGCCAGCCACAAACUCAGGCACAGCGCAGGAAGCUAGGGCCGGGCGGGAGGGUGUUACGAAGGCAGCACUCGUAUGACACUUUUGUGGACCUGCAGAGGGAGGGGUCAGGCCGUAUGGGAGGGGUCGGCGUGGGCGGGCAGUUUGCCCAGCCCCGCAGUGUGAGCUUGAAAGACAAAGACCGCUUCAUGGAGGGCCCCAGCCCUUACGCUCACAUGUUUGAGAGGUAUUCAGCUGACAGGGAGUCUCCCAUGUUUGGAGGAAUAGGCGGGGAUAGGGCUAAGGGGGGCUCCUCCUUCAGUUUGUUCCGUGGAAGCGAGGGUGGGUUGCAUCAGCGGUCGGUGGGGGAGAGAGACCUGAGGGAGAGAGAGAGAGCUAUGAUGGGAGGUGGGGGCUGUGGUGGUGGUGGUGGUGGUGGUGGUGGUGGUAGCAGAGGGGCCGGGACUUACUCCUUGUCUAAAUCUCUCUACCCAGAUAAGGUGAACCAGAACCCCUUCAUCCCAACCUUCGGCGACGACCAGUGUCUAUUACACGGUGCCAAACCGUACUACAUCAAAAAGCCACAGACGCAGCAACAGCAGCAGCAGCAGCAACUUCUCAACAACAGCCGAGGAGGAGGGGACUUCCGCGGCUCCAUGGGAACGACUUCCUAUUUACCCGCGUCCGCCACAGCUGGGGUGAUGUCCAAUGUGGCCCCCAGGUUCCCCAAAGAGCUGUGUCUGGGCGGGGUGGGAGGGCCCAUGGGGAACCACCAUGUUGGCAACAAGCUACUGACCGGGAGCAGGGACACGUUAGGUUUGGGGCAGGGACAGAGACCCUUCAACGGUGCCAGCAAUGGACACGUUUAUGAAAAGCUGUCCAGCAUUGAGUCAGACGUCUGAGGGUGAAGACGGAGGAAGAGAGGGGGAGGAUGGAGUUAGGGAAGAAAUAGAGGGAGAGAAACAUACAGAUGCUGAUGACCUCUUUGCAUGAAGGGAAGGAGGAGACACGAUGCUGUGUGUGUUGUUCUCACUCCACUAAACGGAAAAGAAUUUGGACGAUGCACAGAGGCCACUGCAGGCUAAGCUGUGAAGUCCGGCGGGAGACAAGUUUUUAAUGAGAAGAGAGGAUUCUGGUGCUUCUCUGACGCUCAGAGAAAGAUUGGGAGGGAUGGAGGGAGGGGAGGGGGGGAAGUGAAAUAAAAUCUCCGGUCUCUGCUCUCUUCACAUGCUCAUUGUCUUUCCCUCCCUCCUGCAGUUCCUCAACACCAAAACAAACAUUUUGUUUAACAACGGAAAUACAAUCAUGAAUGAGAAAUCAACGCUUCUGUUGAAGUCACAGGGUAAACUAAUAAUAAUUGUAUUGAUAAUGUUAAUACUAUUAUUGAAUAUUAUUCCAGUGUUAAUGAUGAUCGGUUUGGAUUGUUUUUUUCCUUUUUAUUUCAAAUUUUAUUGAUUUAAAUAGUUCAUGUUACAUAUUUGUAUGAUGUUAAUUCUUUCUUAGCUUAUCAACGUUACAGGAGACUGCUAGACCAGUCGUCAGAUCUUUUUUGGCUUCCUGUAAUUUGGACUCUUCUUUGCUAUUUAUUCUUCAUGUUUGAUUUUUUUUUUUUUUUACUUUUCUUACUCUUGAGUGCUGUGAAGUGUAUGUGAAAGGCAUGACUUGAAUAGUACAUUUUAAGUACUUAAAAAUGUGCAAGAAAAGGUCUCUUUUUUUCCAGCUGCAGAAGCAACAUCAUCAUACUGAUUUGCCGUUUCCUCUCCUUUUUUUCUGCUCGGCAGUACCAAAUGGGUCUCACAUUUUGAGCUGGAUGUGCCUUAAAGGAUUAAUACUGAUUUUCUACACGCAAGAUCUGUUAUGUUGGAAGACAAAUCCACCUGCAAACAAGUAAUCUAACUGAUUUGAGUGUGAAAAUACACCUGAAAAAGUCUGAUAUGAGGGUAGAGUUUCAUGAGCAAAACAGACUUUUAGGCAUUUAGCAGAUGUUAUAAUACAAAUAGAAAUUUGCUGCCGUAGAGGAAGUUUCAAUUCCAACAAUGAAAAGGUAACCAAUAGCAGGAUUAAAACCACAGUGCCAUGAUUAAAAAACAUUCCUAUUCCCUCCAAAAGUCUACGACAGAGCCGUGCCGCUGUAUGUUAACAAAUACGACAUAAAUCAAAUGCAGGAGCUGUUUUUUCUGCUAUUAACUCCAUAAUUAAUGGAACUGCAACUCCUUGAAAUCAUUUGCAAAGAGGCUCAACAAGCUUCAUCACUCCUUACCUCUUCACACUGUUCGUAACAGAUGACCCAGGAACCAACUAUCCAUUAAAUACAUGUAAAUCACAUUUAAUGUCCGCUUGUUGCUCUCACUGCGUUUCAUUGGGUCUGACUCAAUUGGCCAUGACAGUUUUGCUGUUUGGGACAGGCACAUAAUGGACUCACAGAGUGAGGCCUCUGUCGUCAAGAUGAGCAGCAAUAAUGUUAAUUAUUUCAUGAUUACGGCUAUAAGCCCUGCCUGCUGUAUUAGAUGGUCACAUCUCAAUGAUGGGAGGAGAAUAAGCUCUUUCACUCUGCUGGUGAAAGGACCGCGGUGAGCUCUACUACACAGUCCCAAAUAAUGUCCUGAUUUAGGGUUGCUAUUAUUCAGAAGUCACAUCUUUAUAGCAUGUCCUUUUCUUAUUUUUCUAUAAAAAAAAACAAUAAAUAAAAAAAGGUGUUUCCAGCUUGGUAAUUGGGUAAAUAGUACAGAUUGUAUAUGCUUAUUUGCUUUCUUGCAGAUGAACUGAGAUGAGAAGAUUUAUAUCCCUCAAAAUAUGAAGCUACAGCCAGCAGCCAGUUAGCAUAGCAUAGCACAAAGACUGGAAACAGAGGGAAACAGCUAGCCUGGCUCUGUUCAAAGGUAACCAAAUCCGCUGUUUUUUAUAUUGUUUGUUUUAUUCAUACACAAAGCUAAGCAUAACAGUUACAUAUAGGAGGGCAACAUAUCCUCAUAGAACUGUUUAAAUUAUAUCCUACAAAAUAAUGUAUCAUGUUUUAAAAUGGACCACUGGGUUAAGUGUAGAAAGUUUUGGGUUGGAAUAACUCUUUUAAUAGUUAAGAUAAGUUAACAUUGACUUUGAUUUACACAUGAGAUACAAACAGUUGCCUCCUUGGUGAAAGUCCUGUAUUUUUGUACUCCUCCAUCCACCCCAACCUCCCUACACGGACCGUGUCGCUCUUUACACUGCGUCACCUGAUUUCCACCUUUGCUUGCGUCAUAAUUACAGCCACCAGAGGUCGCCAUUCUACAACAAAUUUCAGUAUAGGUUGUCAUAAGAUGAACCUUGGCGCUCAUAAUUACUUGGGUAAUAUGUGAAUAAUAAUGCCUUACUUUUGGUAGGUAUCAUGCUUCAUGUAUACGUGAUGCAUCUGUAUCUGCAUAUCACCAUCACCAUCAGGCCGCAAAAUCUUUUUAGUGUGUGCACCAGGUUAGCAAUUCACAUUGGACUGAAGAGGUCACCAUCUUUUGGUCCGGUAUCCAGAUACAUCCUUGGUGCACAUCCGGCAUUUUUGACAACACGGACACAGAUGGGGGAAAACGCUGUAUACGUAAGUGUGUGACACACUGCCCCCUUCAGUUUGGGAGAAUAUUGGUUUGACACGAGUAAAAGCUGCACCAAGUAUAAGGUGAUGAGGUUUUGUUACCUCUGGACUAGCUGGCUGUUUCUUCCUGUUUCUAGUAUUUAUGCUAAGCUAAGCUAACUGGCUGCUCUCUAUAGCUUCAUAUUUAACAUAGACACAAAUAUUAAAGUAGUUUGAUCUUAUCUGUCUCAACAGGAAUAUGAAACCAUGUAUUUCCCAAAACGUCAAACUAUUCCUUUAAACACUUUUCUUAGACUCAUAAAAAAGAGAGCCUGAAUAUUUAAAAGUCCAUCCCUUUCAUCAUUCCUCCCACCAUGUUGCUCAAACUCUCAUUUUUCACCAAACAGAACAUAAAGAAUAAUUUUACUAUGAACUGUAGCCUUGAUUUCUCCCUCCACUGGACCUUAAUCUGCUUCACACGCUGGGAUUUUGAUGAAAGAAAUAAUUUGCCCUCCAGUCCUCAGAGAUUCUGUGUGAUUUGUGUCAGCUGCAGAUAUUUGAGGAGAAAGGCAGAAAGAGGAAGGCAGAAGGAACUAAACAGGUAGCACAUCUAGUAAAAAGCAUUUUUUGCUGAUGUUAUUCUGAUUAAAAGGCGGCUUGUAAAUCACAUUACACACAAACGAACAUAGAGGUCUUAUAUAAUUUAUAGCCCUCUACCAUUAAAAUCCUAAUAAAAAUAUUUCAUUUAGGACAGUUAUUCUCCAUUUCCAGUUAUUUAUUGUCACUUAAACCUGACUUUUUAGUCAAUUUGCCGAACCAAAUUUUAAUACCUAAGCACAAUCUGACUGAAUGGGUCAAAUAUAUUCAGUUUUUUCGUACAUCCCAGUCAAAACUUCAGAAGACUUUCCUUCUCUUGGUUGACAAGUCAGUAUGUAUGAUACUAGGGGGUCUCUAGUGUUUGUAAGGACUUGCAUGUAUACAAUUUUCUUUAUUUCUGUUUUAUAAUCUUAACUUUUAGCCCAGGAACAAAUGGGUGUUUUUGAACAAUAUUUGGAAUUUUUAUCAAUUUCAUUGAUGAUCCAUGUAGUACUGUAGGUGUAUGCGUGCGUGUGCUUGUUUGUGCAGGAGAAGACACCAAUCUUAACAGUCUAAAUUUUAAUUAUACUUUAAUAUGGCUAAACUGAUUAAAGAUUUCACUAGGAUGGAAAACUUUUUUUUUUAUCGAUGAAUUUUCUUGAUAGUUUGUGUAAAUGCUUUUAAACAAGGUCUUGAUUAAUACAUUCACCACCACUGAAAAAGCCUUUUUUUUCACUUUUCUGAUUAAUUUCCUUUUUGAAUAUCUGGUUUCAUUAUGAUUUCUGUUAUUGUAUGUGCCUGAAUACAUACGCUUGAUUACCUCUGUGUGUGCUCACAUGGGAGAGAGACAGAGUGUGUGAGAGAUAACCGUUUAUUGUACAUGUAUUAUAAAACUGUAUGUAAAUACUUUACCUCACACUCAUGGACUUUUGAUAAAAAAAACUGUACAAAAACGGCAGAGAAUAGAUCUAUUUGGGAUAAAUCUUUGAUUCGUAGGUCCCCUUGCGAAAUUGCUUUUGUAACGAUUUCAGGCCAGGAUAUGUGCAAUUGUUUAUAAUUAUUACACAGAGUGUGCACAUUUAAUGAUUCACUGUUUGUUGAUGUGUUUUUAUUUUCUGUUUGAGAAAGGUUGUUUUCUCAAAUCAUUAACUGCUACACAAAAAGCACAAUAGAUUAUUUAUUGCAUUUUUACUUUCAGAGAUAGUCUUUUUUUCUUUUCUCUCAAACUAAUCUUCUGUUUUUGUGUUGUUGUUUUUUUUGCCACAGAAGAAUCGAACAACUCUACCCCCCCUGAGCUGUACAGAUUGUGAAAAAUGUACAUACGACAAAAAUCUAGUUCACCCUCGCAUUUUUUUGUAUGACGAGAAAUUACUUGUGUGAAGAGAGUAUUUCAAAUUUGAUUGAAUAUUUAGUAAUAUUGAAAAAUGAGAUUAAACACAGUCAAUGUGAAAAUAAG